AUGUGGACGGUUGGAGACAGAGGAUGUUACGGGAUUGUGUCGCUUUCCCUCGCGGUCGCCAUGGUGAGCUGUGCUCAGAGCGCAAACGAGCAGAGCAACAUGUCAUAUGUGAAAGUCACCGUGGACAAACUGCUCAAAGGAUAUGACAUUCGGCUAAGGCCUGAUUUCGGAGGUGCUCCUGUCGACGUGGGAAUGAGCAUAGACAUCGCUAGCAUCGAUAUGGUCUCUGAAGUUAAUAUGGACUACACCAUCACCAUGUACUUCCAGCAGUCCUGGCGGGACAAGCGGCUAUCCUACACGGGGAUCCCCCUCAACCUGACACUGGACAACCGGGUAGCAGACCAGCUCUGGGUGCCCGACACCUACUUCAUCAAUGACAAGAAGUCCUUUGUGCACGGUGUAACCGUCAAGAACCGCAUGAUCCGACUGCACCCAGAUGGCACCGUGCUCUACGGCCUUAGGAUCACCACGACCGCUGCUUGUAUGAUGGACUUGAGGAGAUACCCUCUGGAUGAGCAGAACUGCACACUGGAGAUUGAGAGCUACGGCUACACCACCGAUGACAUCGAGUUCUACUGGCAGGGAGGGAGUUCAGUCACUGGAGUGGAUAACAUCGAGCUUCCUCAGUUCUCCAUCAUCAACUACAGGACGCUGUCCAAGAACGUGGUGUUCGCCACAGGCUCGUAUCCGAGACUGUCUCUGAGCUUCAAGCUGAAGAGGAACAUCGGGUACUUCAUCCUGCAGACCUACAUGCCCUCCACCCUGAUAACCAUCCUGUCCUGGGUCUCCUUCUGGAUCAACUAUGACGCGUCUGCCGCCCGGGUGGCCCUAGGAAUAACGACGGUCCUGACCAUGACCACCAUAAACACGCACCUACGCGAAACCCUUCCCAAGAUCCCCUACGUGAAGGCCAUUGACAUCUACCUGAUGGGCUGCUUCGUCUUCGUCUUCCUUGCCCUGCUGGAGUACGCCUUCGUCAACUACAUCUUCUUCGGCCGAGGCCCCCACCUGCAGAAGAAGGUGGCGGAGAAGGCCGCCAAGACCAACAACGAGAAGAACCGCUUGGAGACCAACAAGGUGCAGGUGGAUGCCCACGGGAACAUCCUCCUGACCAAGCUGGAGAUCCAGAAUGAGGUGAGCGGUUCGGACAUGCUGGCUGGCCUGGGGGAUCCGAGGGCCACCAUGUUCUCCUACGACAGCGCCAGCAUCCAGUACCGAAAGCCCCUGACCAGCCGGGACCUGUACGGCCGCCCCACCCUGGACCGACCGGGGCCCGGGGCGGAGCACAAGAAGAGCCGUCUGCGCAGGAGGGCCUCCCAGCUCAAGGUCAAGAUCCCCGACCUCACAGAUGUCAACUCCAUCGACAAGUGGUCUCGCGUCAUCUUCCCCAUCACCUUCACCUUCUUCAACCUGGUGUACUGGCUCUAUUAUGUCCACUAA